UUCAACAAAAAGUUGAUUUUAAUUUUUAAAUAUGAUAUUGAAUAAAAAUUUGCUUUUAUUUGCACCAAGGUACAAAAAAAUCGGAACAAAAUAUGUAUCCCUAAUUUAUACAAGAUCCAAAAGUUCAGCAGAGCCGAAAACUAAAACUUAUUCUCACACUAUUUUAUUCCCGAAAACGAAUUUUCCGACUAGAAUAAAUCAGAUUGAAAAGGAGAAAAUACAGAAGGUAGCCCAAUUUUCGAAGCUCUACAACUGGCAAAGAAAAAACUUGACUGGGCCAGAAUUCGUUCUUCACGAUGGGCCGCCUUACGCAAAUGGUGAUUUACACAUUGGCCAUGCAGUAAACAAGAUAAUCAAAGAUAUUAAUAAUAGAAGUCAAGUGCUACAAGGCAAGAAAGUGCACUAUGUACCAGGCUGGGACUGUCACGGCCUGCCAAUUGAAUUUAAAGCUCUCAACACAAAAAAGAACAAAAUUGAGGCAUCCAGCCCUGUUCAAAUCAGGCAAAUCGCACGAAAUUUCGCCUUGGAGACUGUGGAGAGGCAGAAGGCUGCAUUUGAGAGCUGGGGAGUCAUGGCUGACUGGGACAAGCAGUGUUACCUGACACUGAACAAGGAUUAUAUCAAAAACCAACUCAGACAGUUCUACAAAAUGUACAAGAAGGGAUUAAUCUACAGGGCACUUAAACCUGUUUACUGGUCCCCUUCUUCAAAAACAGCCCUAGCAGAAGCAGAGUUAGAAUAUGAUCCUCAGUUUAAAAGUACUGAGGCUUAUGUAAAGUUCUCUAUCAAAAAGUUAUCAGAUGAUCUCAAAAACUUAGCAAAAGGGAAGCAAAUAUCAGCUCUUAUAUGGACGACUACACCAUGGACGCUGGUAGCCAACAAGGCAAUAGCGUACAACCCUGAGAUGAAAUACUGUUUUGUGACCAUAAGUUCUAGGCCAGGGGAAGUUUUUGUUGUUGCUAAAGAUGAGAUUGAGAAUUUGGAGAAAGUGUUGGGAGCAGAAAUUGUUGUUUCAGCAGAAUUUAAUGGUCAAAAGUUAAAGGGCUGUACCUACACCAAUGAACUGACAAACGAAAUACUCCCGUUCUUUGAAGCCGAUCACGUGACAAAGGGCAAAGGCACGGGCCUAGUGCACACCGCACCCGCACAUGGACCAGAGGACUUUCUUGUCGCACUUAAAAACAAUAUGACUGUGGAAUGCAAUGUAGACGAGCAAGGUCGGUACAUCAACCUGGGGCCAGGGUUAGACGGCCUCUAUGUCUUGAAGGAGGGCCAAGAGGCCGUGAUACAGCGGCUCGGAGACGCACUCAUCAAACGGGGCACGUACAUCCACUCCUUCCCUCUCGACUGGAGGACGAAGCAGCCGGUCAUCAUACGAGCUAGCCACCAGUGGUUCAUUGAUACUGCGGCGUUGAAGGAAAAGGCGAUUGCAGCCUUAGAUAAGGUGUCAGUACUCCCUCCGUCCACCGCGGAGCAGUCCCGGGCGGGGUUCCGCGCGCAGCUGGACAAGCGGCCGUACUGGUGCAUCUCCCGCCAGCGCGCCUGGGGCGUCCCCAUACCCGCGCUGUAUAGAGGCGGCGAGGUUAUUGUGGACGAGGAAAUAGUAGAGAAGUUGUGUUCUCUAAUAGAGACACAGGACUCUGAUGUGUGGUGGACGUGUGACACCAGAGAUCUGUGCACGAGCGGUGUUGUCAGCAAAUACAACAUAAAGGGUGAUGAUGUUGACAAGGGAAAGGAUAUAAUGGACAUCUGGCUGGACUCUGGCCUUUCCUGGCAGACGUUGGACGGUAAGAAGGCGCAGCUGUACUCCGAAGGCAUCGACCAACUGACUGGAUGGUUCCAAGCGUCCCUACUUACAUCUAUCGCCUUGAAAGACGAACCGCCUUACGAGUCCAUCUUCGUGCAUGGUUUUGUAGUCGAUGAUAAGAAACGUAAGAUGUCCAAGUCGAUCGGCAACGUCAUCGAUCCCAAGACGAUCAUCUACGGGGAUGACAAAAAUCCGGCAUAUGGAGUAGAUACAUUGCGGUGGUGGGUGGCCAGCCAUGGAACGCAACACACACAAAUAAUAAUAAGCAAAAAGUUCCUACAAGAUUGUCAGACGGAACUGCACAGGCUAAGGAACAAUUUUAAAUACCUUCUGAGCGUCAUCAGCGAUUUGGAACCCGAGCAAUUCGAUCAGAAACCAGAACUUAACUUUUUCGAUCGGUAUAUUAUUUACGAAUGCGGGAAGUUUCUGGAACAAAUCAAUGGACACUACAACAACUAUAGAUACAACUAUGUAGCCCAAAACGUACUGCAUUUCGUCAGCAAUAAGAUCUCUGGCUUAUACUGUCACUGUGUAAAAGAUCGGCUGUACUGUUCUCCGAAGAAUUCCCCAGAAAGGUUGUCGGCUCAGUUGACUAUGAAUACGAUAUUUGUGACCCUAGCCAAAGCUUUGGGGCCUAUUUUGCCUCACCUGAUCGAAGAGACCUGGCAGUAUCAUCCGUUGUACAAGGAUCCAUUCUAUUUCACGCGAGAAAUUCCGAUUUUGAAAGUAAAAAAUGUCGACACGUCACUCAUGGACGCCAUCUUGGAUUUGAAAAAAGACGUGCACGUAGCCGCCAAAACUGAAAGUUUGAAGAAAUUCAAAUUAUAUUUACAAGUCGAUCAGGGAUUGUUUAGUAAAUUGAAAGUUUUAAACGAAACGGACGGGUUGAACGAUAGUGUUUUGAGUGAAAUUCUAGAAAUGUCCUUUAUAAAUUUAAGUGAAAGUAAAAAUGGCGGGAGAAUGGAGAUUGAACUGACAAAGAACGAGAGCGAGCAGUGUCUGCGAUGUCGAAAAUACAAUGCUGCAGAAAAUAGUGAUAAAUGCCUAAGAUGUGAAAAAGUUAUAAUGUCUAUGUAAUUUAUUGUAUCUAACAUGUUAUAUAAAGAGUUUAGCUAAUUAUAAUAAGUUCAAGUUAAUAAAUUAUUAUUGUUG